AUGUGGAAAAUCAAGAAACUGAUCAAGAGUCUUGAUUCUGCUAGAGGAGUUGGAACGCCCAUGGCCAGCCUGAUCCUUCCCCCAAAGCGACUGAAGCUCUAUCACCGAGUCCCUCCCAAUGGCCUUGUGCUAUUCGUCGGCACGAUCCUAACAGACGAAGGCAAGGAAAAGAAGGUCUCAUUCGAUUUUGAGCCUCACAAGCCUGUCAACACGUCCCUCUACCUCUACGACAAGUUCCACACCGAAGCCCUCUCGGAACACUCGGCGCGAGGUCAGUCCGCACUGCGCUUCUCUCGUCUUCGUGAUGAGAAGAGGCGCAACUACGUGCGCGAGGUGGCGGUGCUAGCGGUGCAGCAUUUCAUCACAAACGAUGAGGUCAACGUCACGGGCCUCGUGUUAGCGGGAAGCGCGGAUUUCAAGACGGAGCCCAGUCGGAGUGAUAUGUUCGAUUUGAGGUUGGCGGCUAAAGUUGUGGAUGUUAGUUAUGGUGGGAGAGCUAUCAAACUUGCUGCAAAGUCUCUUGCGAACGUCAAGUUUGUGCAGGAGAAACGGAUAUGCUUUGGUAUCGAAGACACGCUCAAGGCUCUCGAACUUGGAGCCGUCGAGACUCUAAUCGUAUGGGGGAACCUUGAUAUCACGCGUUACAUCCUUCGUAAUGCCUCUGGAGAGGACAUCAUCGUCUACCACAACAAAGAACAAGACAAAGACCGCUCCAACUUCAUCGACAGAUCCACUGGCCUCGAAAUAGAACAAUCCGAAGAACCCCAAGCGCUCCUCGAGUGGUUCGCCGAAAAGUACAAAGAGUUUGGCGCCAACCUCGAGUUUGUGACGAAUCGCUCGCAGGAGGGGGCUUUUGGCUUUGGGGGGUUGGUGAGGUAUAAGGCUGAUUUUACGAAUUUGGCGUCUAUGGAUGAGGAGGAUGAGGAUGAAUUUUAUUCGGAUGAUGAUGAUAUCUGA